GUUAUGAUUACGUUUGCCUUUAAUUAUUUAUCGAAUUUGCCUAUUUUUUUUAUUGUUAAUGUUUUUAUAUGAAUAAAAUGACAAUGAAAUCUUUUGUUUGGCUAGUUACUCCAACUUAAAUUUUUAUUUAAUACAAAGCAUUUUAUUUCAAUUUUUUUGUUUUUUUUUAAUUUCUUCUUUAAAUAAGUACAGUUAAAUCCCAUGACAUUGGAGGCCCACUUGUUUAUGAAAAAGUUCAGGCGCUUGAGUUUACAUCAUAAAUAUAUAGAUAAACACCUUAUCCAUGCUUUGUAUGGUAUUAUCACUGUUAUUGAAAAGUUCUUGGACCGAAACAAUGAAGAAAUUGUCGACACAGAAAAAUCCAGAUUAGCGUGGCGCGCGGAAAUGGUCGGAAUUGAGCGAAAUUAUCGCUGUUCCCGUUGCAAGAUCGAUUUUAGACAGUCUACUGAACGAGCAGCUGAACACGUUACAAGUCCAGGCCACAUUAAGAAGAUGGGAUCAAAAUGCGAAAUUCAAUCAGAAAGUCCAAUCAUGUCUCCCACAAAUUAUGAUUUGGCAAAGUGCAGUAAGGAAACCACUAAACAUGUUGCACGUCAAGAUCAGAUACAGCAGUUAUCAAAUCAUCCAUCGUUAAACAUUGAAGACUUGCUAAAUAAAGAUCUGAUCAAAUUCAUUGCGGAUCAAUUGCUAAUAGCCGAUGAAUUAAAAUCAAUACCCGAGUAUGAGGUUAUUGAGAGCCAAUUAUUUGAUCUCGUGAAACCGUUGUUUCCCAAACAAACAUUGCGGGUUUAUCGAAUUGGGUCGCGGAUUACGGGUAUAGGCGAACGGGAUUCCAAUUUCGAUAUUUUCCUCGAUAUCGGCGAUACAUUCGAAGUCUUCGAGAAUCAACCUUCACCGUAUAUUAUGAAUAAAUUUAAAAAAGUAAGCAAGGCUAUGAGGAUGGUUCCGUAUAUAUGGAAAAUAGAGGGAAAAGUUGAGCGAGCUCUUGUGCCUGUAAUAAAAGCGUAUAACUUUUCUGCACGUAUUAAAUGCGAAAUCAGUUUCUCGAACAGCUUGGCGGUUAUAAAUACUAAACUAAUAGAGCAUUUCUUUGACAUACAACCGAUUGCAAGACACAUUUGUCUUUUUUUAAAAAACUGGUGGCGAUGUGCUCGUUUAACGCCUUGUUAUCCCACUUAUAGUAUGGUGUUAAUGGUUACUUACUUUCUACAAAUUAAAGAAAUUUUGCCCUCUGUCGAAUUCCUUCAGAAAAGUAUUGACUUGAAGAAAGCUAUAUUCAUCGGUCCUUGGUUGGCAACGUUCGGUUUUUGCGCUCUAAGUGAUGUAAAUAAGGAUAAGGUGUCCGUAACAGCGACGAGCAUUCAAAUGUAUUUAAGGCUUUUCUUCGAAUUUUACUCGCAAUUCGAUUUUGAAGCAUAUGCUGUUUGCCCGUACCUGGGAAAGCUCCUAAAAAUUGAGGAUUUGGAAAAGGAAAUGCCAACCAGGUGGAAUACAUUGAAUCAUACGAUCAUAAUUAAAUGAAAAUUUCAUUAUAUUUUGUAGGUAUCACUGUUAUGUGAAAAUUGCUCGCUCAGAUCGUAUGAUUAAUUUAAGGACACCACUAGUUGUUCAGGAUCCGAUACAACUUCAACGUAAUAUUAUCACAAAUUUGAAAAAGAUUCAUUUACCGGCAUUCAUUCAAUAUAUACGUUUGUCUCUCUCAACGAUGUCCGAAGGAUAAUAUGUAAAAUAAAUCUAAUUACAAUGAAAUCAUUUCUAUUUGCAAUCUGCAGGAGGAAGAAAUAGAAAAUUAGUUUGCUAAAAAUGGCCACAUACGGUAUAUUCGAUUUUUAUAUCCGCCACCGAAGAUUGGAAAAAUAUUAAGUUUGUCAAAACGUUCGCAACACGCAUAUAGAAGCUUUAGAGACUCUACGUCGUGGACGUAGCCAUGAUCUCCUUGAUCAAAUUUUCUCCCUCCGUAAUGGCAAAUAUUGCCUUUACCGUAAAACUGAAAGUUGUCUUCAAAGUAGACUUGCUUGCACGCGAGUGUAUGCCCUAAAUCAAACUGGAAGUACAUGUUUACAGCGCAGCGUAAGGAGAGCAUUCCUGCUUUAUGUUCACUAUUUAUAAAUUUCAAUAGUUAGACAAGAAAAACCUCCGCAGCUUUUCAGCAAGAAUGGGAUACUAACAUGAGAAAGAAAUACAUCUCAGCCCUCGUAACCUGAUGGGAAGAUCGUCAUAUUUCUUAGCAGUAAUAUUUUUUCGAUCAACCUGAGACCCUGGACACCCACUGUUUAAACUAUAAAGUCAUUCCAUACAGUUUUGGGUGAUUUCUUGCAAGCCGUACUUGCCAUUUGCAGUUUUCGUACCUUCCAGGGCGACCGACCACCCAGCUAUACUGUCUCCAGGAAAAAAUGCGUAGAGGGAAACAUAACCGCAUCCCACACCCCACACCCCAUUGCUAGCCAUGCGAGCUGCUUCCGUAUCUCGCAAAGCCUGCGGUUUUUCCCAAACGCUUUCACCGCGCCCAGCAUGGUAGUAGAAGGGACGACCAUCUGGCGCUCGAUGUUCAGACCAUUCAGCA